AUGCUUUUAGGACAGGGCACUCUGUCUACAUUUUGUAGAAAUGGUGAGGAAAUCGGAGUCGCCGUUGUGAAGAAAAACGAAUUUAAAGCGGCCGAAGGGAUGAGCGCUAUUCGAAGAAAAUAUGCUUCGAAUCUUGUGUUUCUUUUAGUCAAGAGGUGAGUAGCAGUAUUGAAUACCUGUAAGUAAAAUAUUUUGCCUUGCAGCUGUAGAUCUGUAGUUUACCUGUCCUGAUCGCUUAUUAGUUGUAUUUAUAAACGUUUCUGCAUUGUCUUUUUGUUUGUUGAAAUUGACACAUUGCGAUGAGAAUUUUAUCUGCUGCUCUUUAAAACAUGGCCUCUGUUUUGGCGCGAAAAUGUACUAGCUUCUUGCGCUAAAGUGUAGAUAUUUUUCAAAAACUGCAUUCAGAAAGUACUGUCACUUGAUAUUACUGCUAUUUACUUUGGUUUUGCAUUCCUUUUGGGUCUGUUUUGGUCCCUGUCUUCGCGUAACAAGUAGGUUGUAAAUAUCAAUAAUAGCACUAAAAUAUAUAUAUUUUUAAGAAAAUAAUAAUUGUCUUAGUCCGUAUUGUCUGUAUAUCGAUAAAGUAGUAUAAAGUUCACAAUAAUUUUAUUGUUGAACAAAAUUUAAAAUUUAGUUAGCUGUUUAAAUUUAAAAAUUAGUUAAGCAUUUAAAGCCACUUUAUAGAGUCUUUAUAAUAAUUUCAUUUUAAACCUAGUCUAAUAUUUCUGGCUCAAAUUUUUAGUUAAUAAAUUUGUAAAUAAGUGAAAUAGUAUAAUUGUAUAUAAAUUUUUAAAUAAAAUAAACUAGAGAGUAUAAAAUGGAAGACAUACCUUGCUCGUCAAAGGUUGCAGACCAAGCAACACAGUAUGCUCAUGCAGAAAAGAGAUGGACAAAAGAUUUGAGGUCGCUGCCACCAUUUACACAUGAAUUAUUGCAAAGACAUGUAGGAACUGGAACAGGUGAUCAGGAUAACAAUGCUCAUAGACACAAGAAAUUAGGCUACCGGCUGUUCAAGGAUAGAUAUGUUAACAAUGUAGAAGUAAAACCAAAUGUUAAAAUGGGUUGUGAUGAAAAAUUCUUAGUUAAAGCAAAUGUUCAUGUUGCGAUGAAGCAAAAAAGCUAUCUUGUUUAUGUUCAUCUCAAUCAAGCAACUGGUGAAGUCGUUCAUGGUCAUUGUUUGUGCAAGGCAGGAAAAGGAGGUUGCUGUAAGCAUGUUGCUGCACUGUUGUUCCAGAUUAUCGAUUACAUUCAGUUGGAACUGUCUGAGGUCCCAGAUGAUCUAACAUGUGCCCAACUUCUACAACAGUGGCAUGUUCCCAGAACAGAUGAGUUAGACGAGCCAGUACUAUAUGAAGAUAUUACAUUUGAGAAAGCUUCAUACAAGAAAGAUGCCAGUGGCAGGAAGCAUUCAACUGAGAAACGACAGAUGACAGAUUAUAAUCCUAUACCUCACUUUGCUAGACAGACAUCUCAGAGUAAAAUAAAAGAGUUUGCCAAUGAACUGGAGCAAGAAGGAAGGGCAGAAUAUUUACAGCAA